AUGCGCAUGCGGCAAUCCAAGACGACGACCGCGUGUGACGGAUCGCCUGCGGGCGCAUACCCGGGAGCAUGGUUGUCCAACGGCGUGCCCGCCGCCGCCGCCACCGGCGCCGUAUCACCGACCCGCAUCGACCCCUUCGCGCCCCUCCCGCACGCGCUCCUCACCCGCCUGGUGCAGCUCUACUUCGAGUACAAGUUCUGGCUGGCGCCGUACCCGCACCGGCCGAGCUUUGAGCGCGACUUUGCGCGGCGCCGCGAGCAGCAGGCAGGGCAGGACGAGUGGGUCGCGCUCGUGUACGGCAUGGCCACGAACGCGCUCAUGCUGCCUGCGCGGCUUUUGCCUGUGAGCGCCGACGAGGCGAAGCGCCUCGUCAUGGUUUCGUUCGAGCAUAUGAUGGGGUUUUUGAAACGCGAGUAUGACGAGUACUCUGUCGACCGGUUAUACAUUAUUGCUUGCGCGGCAAACGUCGCCCAAGGUAACGGCCACACGGCGCUGUGCCGCGAGCUCAUCGGCUCGAUGAUCUUCCUGGCCGUGCAGCGCAACCUGGACCGGGAGAGCACAUAUGCCGCGCUGCCGCCGCUCGAGCGCGAGAUGUCCCGCCGUAUCUGGUGGCUCGUGUACUGUGCCGACCGGGCCGGCGCGACGUGCGAGGGCGCGCGGCCGGUGCUCAACGAGGAGACCUGCGCGGGCGUAGCGCUGCCCUCGACGCUUGAUGACGAGGCGCUAGAGCUCGCCACCGCGGGGCUCGAGGUGCCGCUCAGCGCCGACGACAAAGCCGAGGCGCGCUCACCCUCCCCGCUGUGGGGCUUCUUCUACUCCGCCGCGCAGUGGCGUGUGGCGGGCAAGAUCUACAGCCGGAGAGAACGCGACCAGGCUAUCCCGCCCGAGCCUGGGACCAUCCUCCAGCGUAUCGUCGAGCUGGACGAGAUCAUCGAGGAGCUCGACGACCUGCUGGUCGACGUGCCCGCCUUCCUCGCCCUCAAGCCCGACGCCGCGGCGGUUAGGACCCCCGACACGCCCGUAGCCACCAGCAAACAGGGUAUCGUGGUUCAGCAGAGCAAUAUCUGGGUGACGCAGCAGGCAAUCCGCCUAGUUGCUGUCCAGUACCGCCGCGAACUGGUCGACCUGCGCUGGAGCGCCGCGCCACCUCCCAACGCCGUCGUCCCCCGCAGCGACAUCCUCGCCGUGCACAAGUUGCACGAAAACGAGCGCGCGUUUCUGGCAAGCCGCGAUCUGAUCGUUGGCACAUUGUUGAGCGUGCUCCAGGCGUUGCCUCUGGAGCUGGUCGCGGUCAAUACAUGCCCAGCCAUCAGCAUGAUUCGCUUUGUUGCAUCGACUCUGCUCACCGAUCACGGCGGAGAUUCCUUGUCGUUAGGACACCUGCAACAAUACAUCGACUACCUGUCACGUCUCGAGUCGUGCGUGUACCGCCGGAUAUGAGCGAGCUCGAGCCCCAGCCGUGCUACGCACCCUCAUGUACAAUUGUAACC